CAUCCAACACAUAAACUCCCUUAAAGGGCCCCACAGAUUACAGACGCAGCGAUCAGCGAUGUGGAGUGGUCAUAACGAGGCAUUAGCGAUAACGGAGUGGACGGAAAAUUCUUAGAUUAAAAUAAUUAACUGCUACCAUUAAUUUUAUAUUAAAUUAAACAAAGUUCUUCAAUAAUUUUGUUUUUAAGUCAAGUUAUUAAGUGUUAAUCAUUGGAUAUUAAACAUGAGUGAACCUGAUGAGACAAACUUGGCAGAGCGCCAGGGCGGAAAUGACGAGGUCAUUGAAGAUGCGCAUGAGCAUCAUAACAUAUUUUCUCGGUUAGCCGCCAUGGGGAACCAGACGAUAUCAUCUAAUGGAGGUGAUCAGAUUUCGGAGAUCACGGAAUCUAUAAAAAUAAUGCACGAAUCAAUGGAAUUUAUGAAACAAGAAAUUGUUUCAUUAAAAAACAAGAGGAAAACUGAAAAUGGCGAAACUUCAUCUAAACGCAUAAAACUGAUGGAGGCAGAAAAUGGCGCAUCCGGUUCCGAAGAUUCGGACAGUGAUGACGCAAUAGCCUCAUUUUUAGCUGACCAGAAUGAGGCAACUCAAGGGAGCAUCAACGAGAGCGAAUGGGCUGAGAUAACUGAUUUUUUUGAAGAAAAUCUUGAAACGGGAGAGGAAAUUCUGCCAGAUUUGGCAACAUUGGCAAAUUCGGUUUUAAGAGCGAAACCUAAGGAUGACAAAGUCGCCAGCUUGAAAAUAAAGCAUAAAAGACCAAAUAAUGUGGAAAAUCUACAAGUCACAAAGGUAGAUGAACAAUUAUGGCGACAGUUAAGACGAGAAACCAAAACAUUUGAUUAUGCAAUGCAGAAAAACCAAUUUACAUUAUGCCAUGCACUUGUUCCCACACUAAAACUAAUGCAAAAUCUUAAAGAGAAAGGGCCUGCAUCAGAGGCACGAGAUCUUGCAGCCGAUACAUUCAAGAUAUUAGCGUACGGAAUUAAUCAAUCCAACGAUGCGCGAAGGGAAAAAAUCAAAAAAGAUCUUCUGCCAUCAUACAAACCAUUGUGUAAUCAACCUUCAUCAGCAACCAAACUUUUUGGGGACAAACUUCAAGAAGAAAUAAAACAUCUUAAAGAAACAAAAACUAAUCUUACAUCUACCAGGCAACCUUUUUUAUCGAAAAAGGGAGGGGGGUUCAACAACUACAACCAACACCAGCGUAUCCAAAGCACACCGGCCUUCCCUCCACGAAACAACAAACUAGCUUGGAAUACUGUCAUAUAG